CCCUGUAGGUAUUUUCCCGGUCAGAUAGUUCAUUUCGGAUCAGAAAAAAAAAAGCAGCCUUUUUCUCUCAUAUUCUUCUUCCUCCCCCGACGACCACCUACAAGCCUCCUUCUCCCCCCUUCUGAUCGCCAAAAAAGAGAGAACAAAAGAAAAAAAAUCUAAUCACCACUGGCUUACCAUUAACCCCAGUAACAAGUGCACCACUAACCCCAAAGCCAUCGAUUAGCUGCGACUAAUAAAGUAAUUAAGCCCAAGCCAAGAGCAUCCACGCCACGGGCAGUUUCUGCUUGUUCAGGUUCCACCUCGCCGCCGCCUCCUCCCCCGGAAACAUCUCCGGCGGCCCUACGAUUCCGACCUCUGCGCUGACCGCCCUCCUCCCGCCGAUGCGCAAAAGAUCGGUCUUUGUCCGCCCCGCCGCCAGAUUCGGCCGGUGAAGCCACGAGGUGGUUGCGGAGCUCUUGGUUGCUGUAGCUGAUGCCAUGGUUGGACCGAGGAACGUGGACGACGAGAUGGCGCUCAAGAGGCAGAGAACCGUGAGGUUCUAUGAUGAGAAGGCAAAACCAACUAUACCAACUCACCAGAAACAGGCAGGAUUUGCUGCUAGUAAACUUGGCGUAGCAAGCUCAGGAAAGAACAAGAUUUUUAUGCCAGGAGAUGAGCUGUGGCACAACAAGAUUUUGGAUCCGUCAAGUGAUUUCAUCUUGACAUGGAACCGCAUUUUCCUUUUUUCGUGCUUCGUUGCUCUAUUUAUAGACCCUCUAUAUUUCUAUGUGCCAAAAGUCACCUAUGGCACCUCCUAUUCGUGUAUUGGGACAGACAGGCAUUUAGCCAUCACUGUUACUUUCUUCCGAUCAAUUGCCGAUUUACUAUAUUUCAUUCACAUUAUACUAAAGUUUAGAACGGCGUAUAUGAAUCCAAACUCAACCAUGAGGGUAUUUGGAAGAGGAGACCUUGUCACGGAUCCAAAGGAAAUUGCUUGGCAAUAUUUGAGAUCUGACUUUGUAAUUGAUGCAGUGGCUGCAUUGCCUUUACCACAGAUCUUAGUCUGGUUUGUUAUACCGGCUAUUAAGUAUUCCACUGCAGAGCAUAACAACAAUAUUCUGGUGCUGAUAGUUCUUGCUCAGUAUCUUCCGAGAUUAUACCUCAUAUUCCCUUUGACUUAUGAAAUUGUCAAAACUACUGGAGUUGUCGCGAAGACCGCUUGGCAAGGGGCUGCAUACAAUAUGUUGCUUUACAUGAUAGCCAGUCAUGUAGUAGGUGCACUGUGGUAUUUGCUAUCUGUUGAUCGCCAAACAGCCUGCUGGAAGAGCAAUUGCAAGCAUGAAAAUGGUUGUAAUAUUAAAUUUCUAGAUUGUGAUGUGAUACCAGAUCAAACCUGGGCGAGCAGAACUGCUGUCUUCAAUAAUUGUGAUGCUACUGUCAAUUCACCCCCUUUUGACUAUGGGAUGUUUCAGCCUGCAUUAUCUAAUCAAGCCCCAGGUCAAAGUUUCUUGAUGAAGUAUUUCUAUUCCCUUUGGUGGGGUUUGCAGAAUCUGAGUUGCUAUGGCCAGACUAUUACUGUGAGUACCUAUAUUGGUGAGACACUAUAUUGUAUAUUCUUGGCAGUACUUGGACUAGUCUUGUUUGCACAUUUGAUUGGAAAUGUACAGACCUACUUGCAAUCUAUCACUGUGAGGGUUGAGGAGUGGAGAUUAAAACAAAGAGAUACAGAGGAGUGGAUGAGGCAUCGUCAACUUCCUAAUAAACUACGGGAAAGGGUGAAACGAUUUAUCCAGUAUAAGUGGCUCGCGACACGAGGUGUGAAUGAAGAGUCUAUAUUGCAGGCGCUUCCUGCAGAUCUUCGUCGUGACAUUAAACGUCACCUUUGCUUGGGUCUUGUUCGACGGGUUCCCUUUUUCUCCCAGAUGGAUCGUCAACUUCUGGAUGCCAUCUGUGAGCGUCUUGUAUCAUCAUUGUGCACAGAGGGCACAUACAUUGUUCGUGAGGGUGACCCAGUGACUGAGAUGCUCUUCAUCAUUCGCGGGAAGCUCGAAAGCUCCACGACAAACGGUGGGCGCACCGGCUUCUUCAACUCAACCACCCUGAAAUCUGGUGAUUUCUGUGGUGAGGAACUGCUUGGAUGGGCUCUUGUCCCCAAACCUACCGUGAAUUUGCCAUCAUCCACCCGGACAGUGAAGGCACUCAUAGAAGUGGAGGCCUUUGCUCUCCAAGCUGAGGAUCUCAGGUUCGUUGCCAGCCAAUUCAGGCGUCUGCACAGCAAAAGAUUGCAACACACUUUCCGGUACUACUCGCACCACUGGAGAACCUGGGCGUCAUGCUUCAUCCAAGCUGCUUGGCGUCGACACAGGAGGAGGAAGAUGGCAAGAGAUCUGAGCGUGAUGGAGUCGUUCUCCUCCAUGAGAUCAGAUUAUUCAAACAGUGAAGACGAGUAUCCACCUAAGCAGAACCUCGCUCUGAAAAUCUUGGCUGGGAGUAGGAACCCUCAGAACAUGAAAGAGUUGCCAAAGCUUAAGAAGCCAGAUGAACCGGAUUUCUCAGAUGAACCUUAUGAGUAGGUAUAAAAUGUAGCGUCCAUUGCUUCUGCUAACUCUGCUGCUGCUGCCAGUUAAUUAGCCUUCUAUCAUGCAUGGAGGCAGUUGAAAGCGUACCUACAUUUUGAUUUUGGAUUGACUGCACCGAUUGUCCAAUUGCUGAUGAGAGGAAGCUCGUUAGCUUGGAAGCUCAAAACAUGGUGAAGCACCUAACUCAUGGAGGGAUUCAGGAUGAAUGAUUUACCUUGACUAGAUAGAUGUUUAGGCGUUGGCAACCUGUACAUCCAGAUAAUACGUCUGUGCUUGUAACAUUCUUGAAAACUCAGAACGAGCCUUUACAUUCUGACUGCACAGGAAAAAGCAUACUGUUGACUGAAAGAUCUGACGACGAGGCCGUUUUUUUCUGUAUUUAUUUUUUUGGAGUCUGUAAAGCGUUAGUGCGGCUAUUUUGCUCUCACUGAUAGACAUUUCUUUGUAACAUUUUUGUGGCCCUGAAGGGCAGUUUAACAUCAGGUUAAG